AUGCCUGCCCAGGAUUAUGAAAUGGUUGUUCCGCAUCUGCCAUCAGGUUCGAGUGUUUUGAACACAGUAUUUUUGCAUGGUGAUGUCACCGCCAGGCCAUAUCGCGUCGAGCAUUUUCGCGGCGCCCUAGCGCGUCUGUCAUUGCUGCCGGAUGUGGUUGCCCUUGGGGCAUAUCAGAUGAACCGCCUGUGGGCCGUUACUUUCAACAGCGAAGGAGCGAAGGCAAAGAUUCUGCAGGCCGAAGCUUUCAAUGUGAAAGACCACCGCUGCGUGGUUAUUGACCCGACCAACCGAGGUGUCAGGCUGAAGCUGUUUUGGUUGCUCCACGGUGUGCAACACGACGACGUCCGGGUGGCAUUAGCAGCGUUCGGAAAAGUGACUGAAAUAACCCGCGAUAAAUGGAGGGUGAAAGGCUGCGUUGACAAGGCUUCAACAACACGGUCGGUUACACUGAAACUGAAGGUGGGUGUUACCAUCGAGGAUUUGCCCCAUCAGUUGCGUGUUGGUGAGGACGUUGCUCUCGUCCAUGUUCCUGGUAGGGCUCCGCUCUGCCUUCGGUGCCGUGGAAAAGGACAUAUACGCCGUGAGUGUCGGGUGCCACGCUGCGGGCUAUGCCGGCGUUUCGGCCACGAUGAGAGCCAGUGCGUGCGUAUCUACGCUAAUGUUACGGGCCAGGCACGAAGUGAUGAAGUGGCCGAACACAUCAUGGAUGGAGCAGACGCGGUUGAAGCAACCCACGGAAGUGAGGGAGAUGAUGCCAUCAAGGAGUCAACAUCCAAGCAAACCACACCCGCACCCCUUGCAGAUACCAGCCAAGCCGGUAAGGACAAACCCAACCGGCCGUCGCAUCAAAGCCAGCGUUUCUUCCGGAAAAAGCGGACAGCGUGA